GGACAUGAUGGGAGGCGUUUCCAACUAGCUGCGCGCUGCAAAGCCCAGAGAUAUUUCUUGCGCUCCCAGCAGCUGGGUUUAAGUAACAGCUCGAGCGAAGCACUUUGCGUUGGAUGCAUGAAUCACGUUAAUUCGUUAAUUCAAAGUGUCAACAGUAAUGGAUAAAUGAAGUCGCUUUUGGAAUGAGCUGGAACAAAAGAGACGCUGCGUAACUGAGACAGCACGCCUAAGGACGAAGGACUGGUGCGCCUUGGCACCGCGGGGAAACAACAAACUUCACAGACUAGCUGAGCAUCAAUUUAGGACAAAAUCGACGCAGUGUGAGACGCACCAUGUUUCCGUGGACUGUGUUUGAUAAUUUAAAUGUAUAAUUAAAACGUAGGGUCCAGAAUACGGUGUGGAAAGCGACCGUGUUGUGUUGAUUUGCUCUCCCAAACCGUGCCAAUGCUAGAAUGGCUUGUGGCUCUGUGCUUUGUGAUCCUGGUGGUCUUAAUCUGGCCAGGCUUCAAAUAUUUUAACACCGAGAGCCAGUCGGAUGCCUUGCAUCAGAGACUGGGGAUCUCACAACUGGCGAAGAUUGACAAGACCGGGAGGUGCGUCUCAGAGCAAGAGGGGAGCGACGGUGCCCAGGCGGGGGACGAGAAGAAACGCGCCGUGGCACUGAUCUGCAAACCGUCCGCACUGGCCAACUAUCUCUUAAAACACUGCAGGACUUUCAGUAAUUACUCGCCGUGUGUCGGGUGGACGUGGCGAGCCAGCGCCUUGCUCCAAAGUGUGUAUGAGGCGUGCUGUCCGUACGACAGCCCGGUCCAGUUUGUGCGGGACAACCUGCAGCUGAGCGACGAGGGGCUGGUCGCUUUGGACUGGGCAGUGCCCACAUACCAGAAACGACGCAGGACUUCCAGCCACUCCACGAGUCCUGUUCUACUCAUCAUCCCAAACUCUUUUGGGAAGAUCACAAGGAAUCUGCUAAAGUUGUGUGAAACGGCACUGUCCUAUGGCUACCUCCCUGCAGUUUUCAACCGCCGAAGCCACAACGGCACCCCGCUGACCACCCUGAAGCUGCAGCAGUUCGGUGACCCUGCAGAUCUGCGAGAGGCAGUGCGCUACAUUCGCCACCGACAGCCUGCAGGGAAACUGUAUGCAGUGAGUGAGAGCACCGGGUCGGGCCUCCUCCUCUCUUACCUGGGGGAGUGUGGAUCAUCCAGCUACGUGACGGCGGCCGUCUGCCUGUCCCCCGUUUUUCGCUGUCAGAGCUGGUUUGAGAACGCGCUGUGCUGGCCCCUGCAGUGGGCGUUGGCGCUCUACCAGAAGAUAUGUCUCAGCAGGUACAAAACGGUGCUGGGUGAGACCAUACAGACGGACACCCUGUUUUCCAGCUGUUCCCUGCGUGACCUGGAGGAGGCGUUGUUCUGUCAGACAGCAGCACCACCGGGGACGAGCAGUAGCUGCAAUACCUCAGCUACUUGGGAUGUUUACUGGGAACGCAAUGAACCUUUGAGAGACGUGGACGAAGUGGCUAUUCCUGUUCUGAGUGUGUGCGCACAGGAUGACCCGAUCCGUGGUGACGCCCAAUCAACAAUACCCUUGGAACUCUUUGAGACAAACCCACAUUUUUUCCUCCUCCUAACUGACCAUGGUGGUCACUGUGGUUUCUCCACCCAGUCCGAGGGAAGCCACGCUGGGGCAUCUGGUUCAGUCGGUCCUGUGGCCGCACCAAGCAGUGGGAUGGGGAGCUGUCAGAUCAGCUGGAGCCACAAAGCUCUGCUGGAGUUCUUCAGGGCGACCACAGACUUCUUCGCUGCAGAAGAGAGAACUAAGCAGCUCGCUGCCAGGAGGAGGGGGCUGGGGGGAGGCGCAGCGGGGAGGACUUUCCGCAACCGCAGCGUCAGUACGUGUAAACGAGUGCCAGAAUGUUCCCAUAAUAUCCAUGCCAUUUACAACUGGCAGCGGUCCUAUACACGAUGAGGGGAGCUUAAUGGAAGCUAAUGGACUUACUGGUGCUGUACGGGUUGAUCUGGGAUGUGAAGAACUCUGCCUGUGUGGCACUCAGUGUUAAGAUGUCCAAAAUUAGAAAAGUGCAGAUGUUGUGAAGUACUGAGGUCACCGAGUGUUUUUAAGUGUGUGUGGUUCUCACACACUUGAUGUUAGCCAUAAAACACCCAGCGUCAUGACAGGCCACAUGCUUGCAUGCAGUUGUUAUGUUUAACUGCCGACACUAAACUCACCUAUAGAUGAGUGGCUAUAAUUUUUUCUACAGACUGAUACAAAUCUCUUCACUAACAGCUGUCAAGGAUCCUGUCACACAUACAUUAUUGUUUAUCAGAUUUAUUCAUCUUCCUCACAAUUCACAUAGUUUACACAAUUUAUUUGUAACCCACUUACUGCAGUAUCUUGCUGUUAUUCUUUUUAUCACUGACUAUUGGAGGAGACGUGUUCAACGUAUUGUGCAUAGAGAGGAAAGGAGAUCCUGUAAAAUAUGAAGUUGAUUAAAUCUAAAUGUCAAAUGAGUUCAACUCAUCAGUGUUACUGUACAUUUUACAGAAAGUAUAUUUUUAAGUGUUCUCUUCUGUGUUGGGAAAUGUCUUGUGAUGCCCAGAAUAGAAGAAUGUAUGUGUGAUUUCAACCAAGUUUGCUUUUAGAGGAAAAUCUGUGUCAUGAGGUAAUGAUAUUUGAAUGAGCUGGCUGGAAACACUUUAUCAUUUAAACCCUGUGCUCCAAGGUUUCACUGCUGCUCAGGAUGUGGAGGAGGUGGAGCUGUGAUGGAGGCUGGUUUCAAAUGAAGACCUAGCAGCAUAAUGUUGUUCGGAAAUUCCCCUGUAAAAUUGAGCUAUUUGGGUUUAGUCUUGUGAAUUAAGCCAAUUAAUUAUAUACAUUUACAUUAGACAAAGUAAUAAGUAUUGGGUUAAAAGUGUUCGGAGAUUUCAAAGGUCAGCUCAAAAGUUCAAUAAGCAGCAAGAAUCCAGGGUUCAGAGCAGUAAAAAGCCUCAGGACACAAAACUACCAAGCACUGUUUGUCGAUAAUUUUUGUUUUGUUUCAUAAACAUGUGAUACACCUUUCUAAAUGUGUUAUUUUGUGUGAUGGAAGUUAAAAAAAUUAAAAAAUAUAAAA